AUGGGAAACAAUUGUGUUGGAUCGAGAAACUCGAAAGAUGGAGUAUUUCCCUCGUUUCUUUCGAGUUCAUUCUGUUGUUGGUCACAGCCAACGAUUGAAGGGGUUUCACUUGAAUACGUGGAAAUUUCUUGUGCACCUUCACUUGUGAGUAAAAGGGCAAAUCCAAAUGAUCCAGAUACUGUUCAUCAAAAGCCUCCUGAGGUAGUGAAAUUUGACAACAAGGAGAUGAAGCAGGUGCAACAGACAACAUAUAAAGAGAGCAAUAAACCUUCAGAGGAACAAAUAAAGCACGUGGAACAGAACACCAUUCCUCCUAAGAACAGCCUUGGUAUAUUUACACCUACCUGGUUCACAGCUGCUACAUUUCUAAGGAAAGAUGACCAUCGAAAAUUUGUUGCUGGCACCAACAACCAUCAGGUUUUCCUUAAGCAGCAUAUUACCCUAAACCACGUAGAAAUUUAUUGUGCACCUUCACUUGUGAGUAAAAGGCCAAAUCCAAAUGAUCCAGAGACUGUUCAUCAAAAGCCUCUUGAGGUAGUGAAAUUUGACAACAAGGAGAUGAAGCAGGUGCAGCAGACAACAGAUAAAGAGAGCAAUAAACCUUCAGAGGAACAAAUAAAGCACGUGGAACAUAACACCAUUGUACUAGAGCCAGUUAGGCAGAAGGAACAUACUAGACCAGCAGAGCCAGCAAAACGAGAAAAGUUCCAUAAUGUUAAGAUGCAAUCAAUUGCUGGGCUUCAAGUAGAUUCGGUUUUGCAGAGAAAAACGGGUUAUCUUAAGGAGUACUACAAUCUGGGACCAGAACUUGGGCAAGGACAUUAUGGAACCACUUUCCUUUGUUGGGAGAAAGCUACUGGGAACAAGUAUGCCUGCAAGUCCAUUCCUAAAGAAAAAAUGGUGACAGAUGAUGAUGUGGAGGAUGUGAGGAGGGAGAUUCAGAUAAUGCAUCACUUGGCAGGUAUUCCCAAUGUUGUUUCCAUUAAAGGGGCUUAUGAGGAUGCUGUUUCGGUUCAUGUCGUUAUGGAAUUAUGUGAAGGGGGUGAGCUUUAUGAUAGGAUUGUGGGAAAGGGAUAUUACACGGAAAGAAAGGCAGCUAAACUUGCAAGGACUAUAGUUAGUGUUGUUAAGGAUUGCCACGCCCUUGGAGUAAUACAUCUUGAUCUUAAGCCUGAGAAUUUUCUUUUCGUUAAUGGCCAUGAAGACUCCACCCUUAAGGCAAUAGAUUUUGGAUUGUCUGUUUUCUUUAAACCAGGAGAUGUUUUCAAGGAUCCGGUUGGAAGUCCUUUUUAUAUAGCACCUGAAGUUCUAGGCAAACGUUAUGGCCCAGAAGCUGAUGUCUGGAGUGCUGGUGUGAUCAUAUACAUUCUCUUAUGCGGAACACCUCCAUUUUGGGGUGGAACAGAGCGAGAAAUAUAUUGGAAUGUUUUGCAUGGUGAUCUUAAUUUCUCUUCAGAUCCUUGGCUGUAUAUAUCUGAAAGUGCAAAAGACUUGAUUAGGAAGAUGCUUGUUAGAGAUCCUAAACAAAGGAUAACAGUUGAUGAAGUUCUUCGUCACCCUUGGUUUCAGGUUGAUGGAGGUGCGCCUCUUGAUUCUGCAGCUUUGAGUCGCCUGAAGCAGUUUUCUUUAAUGAAAAAGCUCAAGAAAACGGCUUUUACAAUUAUUGCACAGAAUCUUUCUGAAGAAGAAAUUUCUGGUUUGAAAGAAAUGUUUAAGAAGAUAGAUACUGACAACAGUGGUCAAAUAAGUUUUGAAGAACUCAAGGUUGGACUGAAAACGUUUGGUGCUAAUCUCAGGGGAUCUGAAAUUUUCGAUCUAAUGCAAGCUGCAGAUGUUGAUAACAGUGGUACAAUAGACUAUGGAGAAUUCAUAGAUGCAACAUUGCAUUUAAACAAAGUUGAUAUGGAAGAUCAUUUUGUUGAUGCAUUCUUAUAUUUUGAUAAAGACGAUAGUGGCCACAUCACUCAAGGUAAGCUUCAAGCUUGUGAAGAAUUUGGCACGCAGGAUGUCCUCUCAACAAGUUUAACAUGA